CGUGACUAACAUCCAAACUCUCCCUUCCACUUUAUACAGCCUCACCAACCGACAAGAUGCAGCGAUCCGGCUACGGGCAAUCGCCCCCUUUACACCACCCUGUCCCGCAACACGUCUCAACCGUUCCUCAGCUACGAUCGCCACCGCCGCCCACGUCGCAACCUCACUCCGGCUAUGAUGGAAGCCCUUACCAACAGCAAGGGCGGGCACCGUCAGGAAACAUGUUUGGCCAGUACGGCAACUUUAUAAACGACCCGGCAGCGCAGCUGGCCUCGCAGUUCGGACAGACAGCUUUCAAGCAGGGACAGGAAUACCUCGAGCAGAAUGUCAACCGCUUCGUCAGUGUCUCGGCGCUCAAACAUUACUUUAACGUCACCAACUCCUACGUAAUAAACAAGCUCUAUCUUGUCCUGUUUCCCUGGAGGCAUAAGCCCUGGUCCCGCAAGCAGACAGUAGGCCCGGGCGGUCAGGAAGGGUGGUACCUGCCUCCCAGGGACGACAUCAACAGCCCCGACAUGUAUAUUCCGGUCAUGUCGCUGGUCACCUACAUCUUUCUCCAAACCCUUAUCGCGGGCCUACGUGGCCAGUUCCAGCCGGAACUGUUCGGAUACAUUGCGACAACCGCGCUAGUGGUGGUUAUCGUUGAAAUCCUGGGUCUGAAGCUUGGAUGCUACCUCUUGAGCAUCUCCAACGAGUCGCAGCUCUUGGACCUCGUCGCUUACUCUGGGUACAAGUUUGUUGGCGUUAUUGUCACCAUCUCUAUUGCCGAGAUUGUGAAUGGCGGCAAGGGAACUGGUGGUGUGAUCGGCUGGACUGUCUUUGGUUACACUUUCUUUGCGAACGCUCUCUUCUUGAUGCGCUCCCUGAAAUACGUUCUUCUUCCCGAGAACAACAACAACGCCCAGGGUCCUAUGCAAACCAUGCCCACCGAGGGUCGGGCAAAGAGAUCGCAGAGGCUACAGUUCCUCUUCUUCUACGCCUACAUCGUGCAGCUCUUUUUCAUGUGGAUUUUGAGCCGGCCAUGAAGUUUGACGUUGGGCAGCCUAACGAGGGUAUAGACAAAACAUCAAAAACAUGAUUGCCGAGAGACAAGAAGAAGCCUCGGUAUAACGGGUGAUGUAUGGCACAUAUGGUCACCACAGCUUCGGCCAUUCACAGCUAGUAUGAUAAUGAGUGACUGGUGCGGACGUAUGCAAAUGUCUAAUGAGAACCGGUAGAAUAGUCCAAAAGAGGUUUCGGUCACUUACCAACGAGGUUAGGUACUACGCCGGAUAUAACCGGGGUGUCACCACAUUCAUGUAAUGGAAAGGGGGAAAUAGAUAAGAC